AAAUAUCUCUACUACAUAAUAUCUCAAAAAUAACAAACCCAUACCUUGACAGGGUCCGAUGAGUGAGACCACUAAGGACGAUGGCUCUAGCCAAAAAAAAUCAGUGCGUAAGGAAAAAAGAGCGUAUGUUUUAAGGAAAUGGACCCAGUUCGAUGUUGGGAGAGCUUCGACUGUUGGAACCGUGCAUCUGUUGUGUCUAUUGGCUCCUUUUAACUACAAAUGGGAAGCAUUCCGGUUCGGUAUAAUUCUCGCCAUACUGACAAACCUCUGCAUUACAUUCUCGUACCAUAGGAACUUGACUCACCGGAGCUUUAAGCUACCGAAAUGGCUUGAAUAUCCAUUCGCUUAUUCUGCUCUUUUGGCACUUCAGGGUGAUCCAUUGGAUUGGGUGAGCAUACAUAGAUUCCAUCACCAGUUCACAGAUUCUGACCGUGAUCCACAUAGCCCUAUAGAAGGAUUCUGGUUCAGUCAUGUUUUGUGGAUAUUUGACACCGAUUAUAUCAGAGAAAAGUGUGGAAGACGUAACAACGUGAUGGACUUGAAGCAACAAUGGUUCUAUAGGUUUCUAAAAAAGACGUUGGUUCUCCACAUCUUAGCAUUUUGGACCCUCAUCUACUUAUGGGGUGGUCUACCUUACCUAACUUGGACUGUGGGUUUUGGAGGAGUAAUUGGUUACCAUGGGACUUGGCUCGUAAAUUCGGCAUGCCAUAUUUGUGGUUCGCAAGCGUGGCAAACCAAUGACACCUCACGUAACGUUUGGUGGCUAGCGCUAUUGACUAUGGGAGAGAGCUGGCACAACAACCACCAUGCCUUUGAGACGUCGGCUAGGCACGGACUAGAAUGGUAUCAGUUAGACAUAACUUGGUACCUCAUUUGGUUCUUCCAGGCUCUCGGUUUAGCCACCAAUGUCAAAUUACCUACCGAUGCUCAGAAACGCAAGAUGGCUAUCCGUCGUUAA